GCACGGUCGCAGAGGGUUACCCGGCCGGUGACGACGACGAGAGCUUCAUCAGCGCGGCGGCCGGCGGAGCUGACACGGACGCGCGCUGGCGCCGUCUGGCCGCGCACUUCGAGGACUUCGUGCAGUGCUACUUCGCCCACCGGGCUGACGAGCUCUACUUCCCCGGCUCGGGCUCGGAAGCGGCCACGCCCGCGCCUCUUGCGCCUGCGCCCGUCAUUCCGAUGGUGCCGCUGGGACUGCCCGUGGGCCCCUCCGACGCAGACCCAGUGCCGCAGCAGAUACCGGAGAACAGAGCGUCCAGCUCCGCCGGUGCACUGGCCAGCUCCGGCGACCAGCGCGCGCCCGAGGGCGAGGCCCCGGUGCUGGCGGCGGCGCCCGAGGGCGGCGGGGGGCGGCGCCCGGCGCUGGGCGGCCUGCAGGCCUUCCGCGAGGACCUGGCCGCCUUCACGCGGUACCGCGCCUUCCGCCCGCUGGCCACGCUGUCCUACUGCUCCGACGCCAUCAACUACUCCACCAUCGUGUCCACCAUCGAGUUCGACAAGGACGACGAGUUCUUCGCCAUCGCCGGCGUCACCAAGCGGAUCAAGGUGUUCGAGUACGAGUCGGUGGUGCGCGACGCCGUGGACGUGCACUACCCGUGCGCCGAGAUGCAGUGCUCGCACAAGAUAUCGUGCGUGUCGUGGAACGCGUACCACAAGAACGUGCUGGCCUCGUCCGACUACGAGGGCACCGUGUGCGUGUGGGACGCGGCCACGGGCCUGCGCACGCGCGCGCUGCAGGAGCACGACAAGCGGUGCUGGUCCGUGCACUUCAACCGCGCCGACGUGCGCCUGCUGGCGUCGGGCUCGGACGACGCGCGCGUCAAGUUGUGGUCGCUCAACGCCGAGCGCUCCGUGGCCACGCUCGAGGCCAAGUACAACGUGUGCUGCGUCAGGUUCAACCCGGCGUCGUCGUGCCACCUGGCGUUCGGCUCGGCGGACCACUGCGUGCACUACUACGACCUGCGCGCGCCGCGCUCGCCGCUGGCCGUGCUGCGCGACCACCGCAAGGCCGUGUCCUACGUGCAGUUCCUGGACGCGCACACGCUGGUGUCCGCCUCCACCGACUCCAUGCUCAAGCUGUGGCGCGUGGACACGCCGCGCUGCGUGCGCUCCUUCACCGGUCACGCUAAUGAAAAGAACUUUGUGGGAUUGGCCACGGACGGCAAGUACAUCGCGUGCGGCUCGGAGAAUAACGCGCUGUACGUGUACUACAGCGGCGUGUCGCGGCCGCUGCUGGCCUACCGCUUCGAGGCCGUGCGGGGCUUCCUGGAGCGUGAGCGGCGCGACGAGGAGCCCAGCGAGUUCGUGUCGGCCGUGUGCUGGCGGGGCGCGCCCGAGCGGCCCGUGCUGCUGGCGGCCAACUCGCAGGGCACCAUCAAGGUGCUGGAACUACUAUAAGAGCUUCGGGGAACAGAAAUCGGAUCACAGUGAAGGCAAAAUGGGGAAGGGCGUAAUCUAUGAAGGAACGCGUCUUCAAAGGAUUUGGUCGAAGCUUCAUAUUAUAUACGGACAGAUAUAUUGUGGUAGCGGGGGAUUCGAAACAGUCAUAGAUGUUUGUUGAAUUAUGCAUAAACAUGGUCGGUCAAGCUUGUUCCAUCCGAUCUCAAAGGAUGGCUGUCCGGACGAAUCGACCGUGAUUAUAUGAUUUAAUAAUCAAAAACAGAGAAUAUACUAGUAUUCCUUCGACUGGUUCGUCCUUUACCCGUGAUGGUAUAUAUAUACACACCAUUAUUUUAAGAUUACCAAAAAAAACUGGUUUAUCCAUUACUAAACAAACAAAAUAGAAAGUAAUAUAAAAAUAUUAUCCCGCGAAAAUAGCAAAUUAUCCAGUAACUUCUUUAAAUUCAUCUCUAUUCUAAAUCUCUGUAAUCAUAGGUCAUACUAUACUGGUGAUUUCUUUGUGUCCGUCAGUAGUUGCUUCAAUGUUGUAGGGGGCAGUCUACCGUAGUAUUAAUAGAUAUUUAAUAUUAGUGUGGAAACAAGACCGAGUUACCAAUAUGACAAGUGAACGAUGUAGACAGUAAGACGUCGCCCUAAAUGGCCGCGAUCGUCGAGCGCUGAGUACAAACAUAGACAUUUCAGAAGGAACGAGCACAGGCAAUGUUUGUUGCACUCAAUAGGUAGUAUUUUAACUUUUUAUUAAUUAUGUAUGCUUGCUGACUCACUUGUAAUUGAACAAGAAAAAACAAGAAACAAAACCCUUAUAAAAGAAAAUAAAAACAUUUUAAUAUAAAACUUGAUUCAAGAGUCGACAAUAACGUUCAUACGGUGGGUUAAUCUGCAGAUUAGUCAUAUAUUUCUUUUGACAUAGACAACUCAUCGUAAAAGUUGUCUUCGUUAUUUCGUACAUUAAAGUAAUGGUUCAAAAAUUCACUGCGGUGAUUUUGAAGAGAAACUUCUUUUCGCGCAUAAAGAUAAAAUUUUUACGGAUGAAACGCAAUAAUUAUAAUAUUAGUGACAUGAAAAUGUGGGAUGUUUUUGUCGAAGAAGAUAUCUACGCACGUCUAUAUAUAUAAUUGUAUACAAAUAAAUUAAAUUACUUUAUUUAUAAAAUGUAUAUAUUUUAUUUGAAAUUUUCAAAGCAAUGUUGCCCAAUGCCAAAAAAAUGUGCAAAAAGGAAAGUUAAAAUGGCGCUGGGCAUCGCACGAUCAAUUAAGACAACGUGCUGUUCAAUCACCGUAGGAACGCUCUCACCGCACGACGAACACGCAUCGCGUCGUAUGAUCGUGGCCAAUUAGGACGUCCGCCGAAAAACCGGAGUGUCAUUUUGACAUUUGUUACGUUUACUUGGCAUGGCUGGAUACACGUACGGAUUAAAUAUUAAUUAAAAUAUGAUUAAAAAUAUGGAAGCUUAAUAAUUAUCUGUAAUUUUAAUUUGUUUUGAAUUUAGUUAAAGAAUCACAUAAAAUAUCGGUAAUACUAGCGUGACAAACAGUUUUGUUGUCUCGCAAUUACUUUUGGUAUUCAUUAAUAAUAAUAAAGGUGGGGAAUUUUAUAUGGCUGCCGUAUAUUUUAUAAAGUUUUUAAAAAGUACCCAAUGUAUCGUGUGAUGGUGCGGCACCCUUCCUUGAGAACCCGCCACACUGACAGAUAGAGUCCCAGUAACAGUAUAGACCUUUAACCAACUACCAAUCUAUAUAUUAUACAGUGUAGUAUUACAUAUAUAAGAGAUUUCCACAUAUAUAUUGACGUAGAGAUUUGAUAUUUGGUAGGUAUAUUCCUUACCGCCCUGUACUGCCAAACUAUACAGACUAGAAUGUAGAUACAAUAUGUAUAUAGUACACGUCUGUGUACUCAAAGUGAUAACUUAAAACUUAAGAGUAGUAUAGAGCGUGUAUUUUUCCCGGAAUAUUAUUAGAAAUAAAGUAUAUUGAAUAUAGUUUCGUCAAAGUUAUAUCGCAAUCUGCGGAUGAGAUGGUAGCAGCCAACAGCAACAGCAGAUGAAUCACAUAAGCGUUGCCGACCAUUUACAAUGCUGUACGUUGCCGACCAUUUACCAUAGUCAGCCGUUAACUAUCACCACGGAGCUCCUGGUUUGAUCCGCGUCGCCACGUACCAGUGCGUGUUUGUUUUUAUAAUCCUAAUGAACAUUUAUUCAAUUAUCUCUUCGAGUUUUCGAUCCGUUUCUCCUCCCUUUAAAUAAAAAAAAAGAUACUUCAUGCGGCAGUACAGGCAUUGUCAUAACAGGGUGCGUUUAACUGGACGUAGACCCCAAUGCUGCUGUCGGCACUCGUUGACUGUGGCCUCUAGUCCGCUGUGAUGUCUCUGGCGAUGUUGAGACUGGAGUUUGUCGGCUUGGUGACUGCCGUCUAACACCAUUGGUCGCUUCGAGUCUCAGAGUUCCUUCAGUGUAUUACACACUCAACUGAUGAAUGCGACUAUCUUUCUUGAUUUGUUUUUCUUGUUUUAAAUAUUCUAUCUCUUAAUGGAAACAAUCUUCUUGUUUCGACCAUGAGUAUUCCGCCUUUCUUUGUAUGUCCGCGGAUAUAGGAAGAGAUUGAUUUUUGACGUUCUUGACUUUCAUUUGAGCCUUAAGAUUCGCUUUUCUAUUGCACCUGGUCUGUCUCUAAUCUGGGCCAAUAGAUUGAUUCUUUUUUUGCCGUCUAUAGUUUACGUUUUGUGAUUUCAUCUGCACAAGUCGAUCGAUUGUAGACUUCUCGCUGUUAGUAGUCCCCAUUUGAAAAUCUUGCUACAUCCGUUAAUGCUUCACUGAGCCGCUGUUGCUUAUUGAUCGUCACGUGAUGAAUUUAUUUCAUACUUAUGCUGUUGCUUAAAUUAGCCAAGUAUCCUCGUCUCCAUAGAGGAACUCUGGCCCUCUGUACCACCGAUUGUACUUGUUGAACCUAUCUGGUGGCAUCGCCUGCUACAAUCAGCUGGUAUUCAUACACCGACGAAUUUUCCUCUAUUGUUGCUAGACGAUGAGCCACUUAAGUCAGACGAUGAGUCAAGCCGGAGCGUGAACAAGUCUUUAUCCAGGUUAAGGCUGUUCACUGCUGCUUGGAGCUCUAAUCUUAGUAUAGACGUUGGUUUCAGUGGAGCAACUUUUGCCUUUGCCACGAUAAGUGAUAUGUUACGUCAUCAUUUUGUGCUCUUGCUCUCCAGAAGAGGAUCGCUGCAUGUGCUGCCUCGCUGUCCUCUACUACAUUGUACUGGUUUGGCUGUGGAGGUUCCAAUAGUAGAAUCUUCAGUUAUACAGUAAAAAGUAUCCUUGGCAAGUUAUUAUUUUUUUUCUCAUCUCUUUUUUUGACAUCGCUUCUUGCGACAAUUUUGAUAUCAAUCGGAUGACAUUAUCUAUACUGAGCUGUUUUAUGCGAAUGUUUUAUGAUGACUGAAAUACCUUAUAACUUAAUAUAUAUCUAUUCAUGAUAACUUCAUGAUAAUAUUUAUUAAUGAAUACAUCUCCACGCAUUCUUGCUAAAAAGAGUCGAUUGAAAAACAAAUGCGGCUUAAUUUAUCUUACAUAAUAUAAGGGUUCGUCUAUUGAGAUGCAAAUUAUUAAGUUUGAUUCCACGAUAUGACCGAGUACCGAGCACUCGUACGUGCGAGAGAGAACACAAAUCUAUCAAUCAGCUCAAGUUCACUUUGAUAUAUUGGUAAUUAUGUUGUUAAAAGUAGGUAUAUUUUAUCUCAUAAAAAAUAGAGUUGUGAAGUCGUUCUGCGGUUGGAAAAAUAUUAAUUGUCCUUAGUCCUUGAAUAAUGAUUCGUUUUAUUUAAAUAUAAAUCUCAUUCUUAAAUGUUAACUUUAUAAAAAUCAAUGAUAACUAAUUGAAGCAAUAAUAAACAAAAAGUUAUAUUCUGUCACGGGCGGGAUUGUAUUUAUAUUUUGAUAAUUGAUUUUAGAGUACGCAUCUUUGUUAGAAAGAUAGAAUGAAAAGGAAGAAAGACUAAAAAUAAAGAUAGAAUUAACAAGCUUAACUCAAAGAGGAUAACAUUAUAUUAAAUAUAUUUUUAUGGUUGUUGUUGUUCGACGUAUAUAAGACGGCUGAUGACUAGAAAAUACACAAUAGCGUCAUGUUGUUGUUGAUUGUUGACAACAAUAAGUUGUUCAAAACAAAAUAAUGCGUCGGGGACGUAAUAAUAGAAUCGUUAGUCCCUCACCACACAGCCCUCCAUAGCCCUCGAAAUUCAAAUUCAUUUUUUUAUAUUGUUUAAAAAUGUCAUUAUAUGUGCAUUAUGAUUCCUCUCAUGUUACAAGAGAGCUUGGGCGGCGGAGAUCACUUACCGUCAGAUGACCCCCUAUGUAUGCUCGUCUGUCUUUUCUGCCUUCCCUCUUCAUUUCUUUAAAAAAAACAAAUGUUUUCUUUAAACUAGAAGAAGAUUCAAAACUCAUUAUUAUAUUUUUAAGCCAUCAUUUGAGCCGGAAGACGUCCACUGCUACGUCACCGGUAAAUUAUCCAUGAAAUAAUUAACCAACUACCUACUACAUUUCCGCAUAUUUAAAGUGUUUUAACUUAAUGUCGCUAUUAAAUCUAACACGUCGUAUACUUUGACCUCAUUCAAAGAGUGACGAAACCCAACACAAGGUCUUUCUUCCCAUUUGUUCGUUAGCGUUUAUUCGCCGUUGUUCGUCAUAUAGACCAGUGCCGAAUCCUUUGAAAAUGAUAAAAAGUGAAACAAAAUAAUAGUAGGAUGAAAACCAUUGGAAAAGGACCAGAAUAUAAAAAAAAAACAAGGGAAAAAUAAAUUACGGGCGAUCUGAGGUCGGGAAGUGGAAAAGGGGGAUGUUUUAGGGGUAAAAAACUGUUUAUCUCGAUUUCCGGCAAAACUACAAGUCCUAUGGUAAAAAGUUAAUUGGCAAAGUUGUAGGUAAUAAAGAGAUCUACAACUUUUUUAAUUACUUUUUUUUCACAUAACCUCAAAAUUUAGUUGAAAAAUUUAAAAUUUAUUAUUUUAGUAUAAAUAAGAUAAAAAUUAAUGGCCUUACGAAUAAAAUUGGUAUAAAGUUAUACUUACCUGAUAUUAAACCAAGAAUAUGCUUAACGUUGACUAUAUCGCUGACAACGCUCAAUACAAUUAUAAUUCUGACGUUUUACAAAUGUCAACCAGCCUUGUAAUUAAACGCGGGAAACGUUAUACGAGCGAUUUAACCAAUCGUAAAAUGUAUAUUAAUUGUAAACAUUAUGCAGAUUCUUGUCUAAUACUCAGGUAUAACUUUAUACGAAGUUGAUUUGUAGGGCCGUUAAAUUAUAUAAUUUCUAAGCGCAGAUGUCAAAUCCCGCCCGUGGAUAGAUAGGGUUGACUUAUCAACACCAAACCACUUCUGGUUGAGCCGUACUUCAGAAGUGGGAUUGGUCUAGAACCACGUGUAUUUUUGUAUUUAUAUUAUUUUAACUUCCCGUCCGUAUAUUUUUUUACAGAUAAAUUGUUGUAAAUAAUUUUUGUGUCGGAAUUUAUUUUGUAAAUGAUGUUGUAUAUUAUGGAAAUUGUUUUAAUAAGUUUUUAUACAUUUUAUUUGUAAAUAAUUAGUUGUACUGAUGUAGAUAAUCGAUGUUUAGUAGUAAGUAAUAAUAUACAUUAUUUUGUUUUUGAA